UAACCCCCCCCACCCACACACACAACACACACCACGGCACACUAGGGGGUUCAGAAACGCCAUUCAGAAAAAGGGGGGAUGAGGAGGAUCGGGGCGUGUGUUUCUCAGCGAUCCAGCUGUGCAGGAAGCUCAUGAGGUUUCUUGCAACCAGGAAUUCUUAGCUUUGGAAUGGAUUUAAUCUUGAAAACUGUCCUAGUUCCUAGGUGCACGGACCUUGUGUGGACAGUAAUGACCGCACGUUUCCGAUUGCCUGCUGGCAGAACCUACAAUGUACGAGCAUCUGAGUUGGCACGAGACAGACAACAUACAGAGGUGGUCUGCAAUAUUCUUCUCCUGGAUAACACUGUACAAGCUUUCAGAGUUAAUAAACACGAUCAAGGACAAGUUUUGUUGGAUAUAGUGUUCAAGCAUCUCGAUUUGACAGAGAGGGAUUACUUUGGUUUACAGCUGGCUGACGAUUCCACUGAUAACCCAAGGUGGCUGGAUCCAAACAAACCAAUUAGGAAACAAUUAAAAAGAGGAUCUCCUUACAGUUUAAACUUCAGAGUCAAAUUUUUUGUAAGUGACCCUAACAAGCUCCAAGAAGAAUAUACAAGGUACCAAUAUUUUUUGCAAAUUAAACAAGACAUUCUUACUGGAAGAUUGCCCUGUCCUUAUAAUACUGCUGCUCUUUUGGCUUCCUACUCUGUUCAGUCCGAAUUGGGAGACUACAGCCAUUCAGAAAACUUGCCAGGCUACCUCUCAGACUACUCUUUCAUCCCUAGCCAGCCUCAAGACUUUGAAAAAGAAAUAGCAAAAUUACAUCAUCAGCAUAUAGGCUUGUCUCCUGCAGAAGCAGAAUUCAGUUAUCUCAAUACUGCACGUACCUUAGAACUCUAUGGAGUUGAAUUGCACUAUGCAAGAGAUCAAAGUAACAAUGAAAUUAUGAUUGGAGUGAUGUCCGGAGGAAUACUAAUUUAUAAGAACAGGGUACGAAUUAACACCUUUCUGUGGUUGAAGAUUGUAAAAAUUUCUUUUAAGUGCAAACAGUUUUUUAUUCAACUUAGGAAAGAAUUGCAUGAAUCUAGAGAAAUGUUACUGGGAUUCAAUAUGGUGAAUUACCGAGCAUGUAAGAAUUUGUGGAAAGCUUGUGUUGAGCAUCACACAUUUUUCCGAUUGGACAGACCACUGCCACCUCAGAAGAACUUUUUUGCACAUUAUUUUACUUUGGGUUCAAAGUUCCGGUACUGUGGGAGGACAGAGGUCCAGUCUGUGCAGUAUGGUAAAGAAAAAGCAAACAAAGACAGGGUAUUUGCCAGAUCCCCAAGCAAACCCUUGGCACGGAAAUUGAUGAGUGGGAUGGACUGGGAGGUAGUAAGUAGGAAUUCACUGACUGAUGACAGAUUAGAAACACAGAGCCUACCAUCACGAUCUCCACCUGGAACCCCAAAUCAUCGCAACUCUGCAUUUACUCAAGAGAGAGCCCGUUUACGUCCAUCUUCAGUUGGACAUUUGGUGGACCAUGUCGUUCACACUUCACCAAGUGAAGUUUUUGCAAAUCACAGAUCUCCAUCCUCCACCCAGGCUAAUAGCAUCAUUCUGGAAUCAUCACCAUCCCAAGAGACCCCUAUAGAUGGGCAGCCUCCUGCAUUACCACCCAAACAAUCUAAGAAGAACAGUUGGAACCAAAUUCAUUAUUCACACUCCCAGCAAGAACUGGAUAACCAUAUUAAUGAAACAUUUGAUGUUUCCUCAUCACCUGAAAAAUCUACACCCAAUGGUGGUGUUCCCCCUGACAAUCUUGUUUUGAUCAGAAUGAAACCAGAUGAAAAUGGAAGAUUUGGCUUCAAUGUAAAGGGAGGAUCUGACCAGAAGAUGCCUGUAAUAGUGUCCAGGGUAGCUCCAGGAACACCAGCUGACCUCUGUGUCCCUCGUUUGAAUGAAGGGGACCAGGUUGUUCUGAUAAAUGGCAGGGAUAUAGCGGAGCAUACCCACGAUGAAGUUGUUAUGUUUAUUAAAGAGAGCUGUGAGAGGCACUCAGGGGAACUUGUGCUCCUAGUUCGACCCAAUGCUGUCUACGAUGUGGUGGAAGAGAAGUUGGAAAGUGAGCCUGACUUCCAGUACAUCCCUGAGAAAUCCCCACUGGACGCUGUCCAUCAGGAUGACAAUGCUCUGAGGGAAUCUAUGAUUCAGCUCUCAGAGGGGCUUAUCACUGGAACUAUUCUGGCUCAGUUUGAUCAACUAUAUAGGAAGAAGCCUGGAAUGACAAUGUCUUGUGCCAAAUUACCUCAAAACAUUUCCAAAAAUAGAUACAGAGACAUUUCGCCUUAUGAUGCUACACGGGUCAUUUUGAAGAGUAAUGAUGACUACAUCAAUGCAAAUUAUAUAAAUAUGGAAAUCCCUUCUUCCAGCAUAAUAAACCAGUACAUUGCUUGUCAGGGUCCAUUACCGAACACUUGCCCUGAUUUUUGGCAGAUGACUUGGGAACAAGGUUCAUCUAUGGUUGUAAUGUUGACCACUCAAGUUGAACGGGGCAGAGUUAAGUGCCAUCAGUACUGGCCAGAGCCUACAGGAAGCUCAUCAUAUGGUAAUUUCCAGAUUGCCUGCCAUUCAGAGGAAGGAAAUCCUGCUUAUGUCUUCAGAGAGAUGACAUUGACUAACCUUGAGAAAAAUGAAACCCGUCAGCUCACCCAGAUCCAGUAUGUAGCAUGGCCUGACCAUGGGGUUCCUGAUGAUUCCAGUGACUUCCUGGAUUUUGUGUGUCUUGUACGAAAAAAGAGGGCUGGCAGAGAAGAACCAGUAGUUGUUCAUUGCAGUGCUGGGAUUGGACGGACAGGAGUUCUUAUCACUAUGGAAACAGCGAUGUGUCUCAUUGAGUGCAAUCAGCCUGUUUAUCCAUUAGAUAUCGUGAGAACAAUGAGAGAUCAAAGGGCCAUGAUGAUCCAAACACCCAGUCAAUACAGAUUUGUUUGCGAAGCUAUUUUGAAGGUCUACGAAGAAGGAUUUGUUAAACCUUUAAAGACAUCGCUGCAUAAAUAAGAGUACAAGGGCUAGGAUUCAUAUUGAAGUAUCCUGUCCUCUAUAAA